GAGAGGAGAGGUGGGCGAAGAGGUGAUGCGCAGGAGCAAGGGAAGGUUCUGAGAAAGAAGAAAUGCCGGGGCUGGUAAAGGUAAAAGCAACAUUUACUGGUCAGCGCCUCCGUCACUACUACUGAUGCCUAUUACCAGGUGUUGCAGAUGGUGUAGGUGGAUGGCGGGCAUGGGGGAUAGAUCCUGGAGAGUUCUCUCAUUCCUUGAUGCGUGUAAGUGAACGAGUAGUGCGAAGUGGACAGUUCACCCCAUCUGAGCCUGCUGCUAUUAUUGCCCGGGCAUACUACGAACUACUUGAGAAUAAAACGCACAUCCUUGGAAGCAGCACAGCAUGUGUAGUGGUACUGCAGGGAGAUGCAGGGCAGCUGUAUUCAGCCAAUAUUGGGGAUUCUGGGUUUCUAGUAGUGCGCAAUGGAUCAGUGGUACACCGAUCACAAGAGCAGCAGCACUACUUCAACACGCCCUUCCAACUCUCUCUCCCUCCUCCUGGCACUAAUGCUCAGGUCCUCAGUGACAGACCAGAAAGUGCUGAUACUUUAGAGUUCCUAGUAAAAGAAGGGGACAUGCUAAUGGUGGCUACAGAUGGUGUAUUUGAUAAUCUUCCAGAUUCUAUGAUUAUCAAGGAAAUGGUUAAAGUCCAGGGUUCUACAGACUUACUAUUACUGCAGCAAGCAGCCAAUUCUAUUGCGCAGCAAGCACGAAAAUUAGCAUUUGAUGAGGAUUAUAUGUCACCAUUUGCUCGUAGUGCACGAGAGAAUGGAAUUAAUGCUAUAGGUGGAAAACCAGAUGACAUAACAGUGGUUUUGGCCACCAUAACAGUGUAAACCCAGCAGGGCCCCAGGAACCCAAAAGUAGUUAUUAGUGCAACAUCCAGGCAAGUGGUUUAACUUCACCAACUUUGUCAAUCACAUUGUUAUCAUAUGCUAGGUUUUUACACCACAUAUUUGUUUAUUUUGUAUGGAAUGAAAUAAUUGUAAUUUUUUUAUUGAGAACUUGAAAUAUAUUUAAAGCUCUAGAAACUUAUGCUCUUUGCUGGUUGUAAAAUAUGGUAUUAGAGCCUACUAAAGUAAUGCAGCCUUUGAAAAAACAUUUCAAAUACAGUAUUUUUUGUUUUGGUUUGGUUUUUGAUGUCUAGUUUUCAGUACUCGUGGUAAAUGGUUGUUAAUAAGCAUCUAAAGGUAGUAAAUAAUUAUUGUUGUUAUUGAAACAUGAAUACAAUAUUUAAGAUUGACUGGGACUGUUAAAACUUUUUCACUGUCACUGAGUAUACUUGAAACAAUUACUGUAGAUGUUGCUUUGUACAGGAAUUGUUAUAUUAAGGCUGCAACAGGAAUUGGAACCAAACUGAUUUAUACAAAUAAAACUCUAAUUUCUGUUGUACUCUUAACCUUUUAUUGAAAAAAAAAAAACAAUUAAGGUACUGUACUGGAAACAAACACACAUGCAGUUUAAUGUGAUCCUUUUUUGACAACGUUUCGCCCACACAGUGGGCUUUUUCAAGUCACAAACAGAUCUGUUUGUGACUUGAAAAAGCCCACUGUGUGGGCGAAACGUUGUCAAUAAAGGAUCACAUUAAACUGCAUGCGUGUUUAUGCUUUCAUUGUGUCGGUAUUUUCAAGGUACUGUACUAAUGGUAUGCUUAGCCAAUUGCCAGUCUUUCUGCUCAACAGACAUGAAUGGAGUCACUCUUAAUCUGUGGAAAUUUUUUAGCCAAAGUGUGCCAGUUUAAUCAGUAAUAUUGGAUAUAAAUCAAAACAGUUUGGCCAGAAAAUAGUGCAUGCUGAGCAUAUGUAUUUAUUGCGAGUGUAAUAGUCGAGUUGAACAUGUCUACCAAGUGUUACCGUUUUUGUUUUGGAUAAUAGCUGUCCGCACAUUCCAUGCCCUUGUUUCGUAGCACUUUUACUUCCGAUAUUUACAGUAUUCUAGGGUAUGGAGUAGUACAUUAUUUAGAUUGCAAGUCCAAAACCACUUAUAAGGCACUACAGAAUAAUUUAUUGAUUAGCCAAAACUAGCUGCAAAUUAAAUUUUUCAUAACUCAUUGCAUAUUCCAUAUCUUAGCUUGCAGAAGUUUCAUUCCCAGGAUUUAUGGUAAUGGAAAGUGUAAAUAGUUUUAUGUUGAAGAUUUCCUGGUUAUAUAAUCUUCUGAACUGUGAUAUGAGAAUAAAAUGAACACUAAUUAACAGUGAUCAACAGUAUCAGUAGUCAUAUUUGGUCAAAGUGGUUCAUACAAAUAUGAGAGGCUCAUAAUCAUGAGAUUCAUAUUUUUUAUGCUUUUUGUCUUUCUACCCCAAGUGCCUCCCAUCCAGGACUCAAACCUCUGGUACGACAAAGUAGUCAUGCUUCACAGUGGCUAGUUCUUUGCCAGGGCAUGUAAGGUUGGUUGUAACUCUGGUACUAAUUGGAUUUCCUAGAUUAAUAAUGCCUAUAUAAAUUUUUAAGGCUUGCCCAAAAGAUUUAUUGAAUACUAUGGGAUCAUUAUUACAUACCCUAGAAUUAAUUAUGUUGCAGCAUAUCAAUUACAAAUAAUUUCAGAGAGAAGUUAAGCUUAUAAUUAAAAUUUGAAACUGAUAAAUGUGAGCUGCCACAUUUUCUCAGUGUUGUUCAGAUUUGAAAAUUGGUAAUGACAUGUACAACAUGUAGCUAAGUUACAUAGCCAGUAUCCAUACAAGGGUGGUAAACAUCUAAUGAUGUUCUUUUCAAGAUUGUUAUUUACUAAUACUUUAAGUAUUGUUAUGUAGGAUUUAAAUGUUUAAAUAUCAAAUCUUAUUUUCUUUUAUUUAAAAUCUAGUCACACACAAUGGUGAGUUUACCUAUUCACCCAUGUAUGUUGGGGCAAUAUUAUAUUAAUGGUUGUUUAAACAUAAUUCCUUGCACCCUUGUUUACUGUACAGUGUGAUCUAGCAUACAUAUUUAUAAUUAUGGGAAACUCCCAAAAACUUACCCAUUACUUGAACUUGGAAAUUUAGUUAAAAUUUCAUUUAAGAAAAGCACAAUAUCUACGACAGAUUUCUGGGGCCCCAAGACCCUAGCUUCUGCAGUAGUAGUGAGGAAUUGCUCACCUAGGAACGUAGUAUUUGUAAAUUUGAUAGUAUAUUGUUAUGGCAGGUGGAUAAGUUUAUUACAGCCUGAGUAGUGUGAUCGAUUCUUGGUAUUUGUACUUUUCAGUUAUGUUUGGUAAAUGUUGGGAACAGCUGCAAUGAAACUGAUGUUAUUUUAAAGUCUUGGGGGGUAAUACCUCAGCUUUUUUACUUUAAUUUUUAUUCUUGAACCUCUUUCAUUGCAUUUGAUUUAUCAUUAUUUACUUUUUUUAUAUAUAUUCAUUAUAUCUGCAAUUUGUAGAUCUUUAAUGAAUUACAGUACAUUUGAUUUGAAGUGAUAUAAUUUAAUACUAUUGGAUUAAAAAUUUUGAAAUUGCUAUCAGAUACCAAGAGCUACAUGCAUUUACAAUUUGAUAAUUUUUCUGAACUGCUACUGAGCUUUGACAUAAUCUUCAACUUUGAGUUCAGUAAUGUAUGUAAGCAUGUUGAUUACACUGCAGUGAUCAAUCGUUAAUGCUAUAUGAUAUUAAAAAACUCGUAUUUUAAAAUUAAAUUAAAUUGAACAUGGUUCUCAUUUCUCUUGUCAUGGUAAGUGCUAUAAUGUACAUUUAUAUUUUUUGUUUGAGACAGCACAGGUGAUUAUAAGCAUACCAUUUUGAAAAUACCUGUCCAGUUAUUAAAUCAUUAUAUACAGUAAGAAAGUUUUAAGUUUAUACUUGAAUGUGUAAAUAAGUUAUUAAAAAUGAAAUACUGGAUAAAAAAAAAAAUCCUAAUGAUCAUGAGUAUAUGAACGAUGUAAUUUGUUGGCACAUUGUAUCGGUGUCAAACGUUUGUAAAAGUUAAUUGAAAAAAAGGUGGAGAAAUUGUGAUGUUGUUUAAGACAAUGCAAUAUACUGUAUUAUGUAUCAUAUUUGUAUUAUAUUAAUACAUAGUGAAUAAAAAAUUCAUUAUUCUUA